AUUUGGCCAAAAAUCAAUAAAAAUGGGUAAAUUAAAUGUCACCGUGCUGCGUUAUCUCACCAAGGAAGACUUCCGCGUCCUCACCGCCAUCGAGAUGGGCAUGAAAAACCACGAGCUGGUGCCGGGACCAUUGGCCGCAGCCAUAGCCAACCUGAAGACUGGCGGUGUCCACAAGCUGCUCAAGGAGCUCUGCAAGCACAAACUACUGUCCUACGAACGUGGCAAAAAGUAUGAUGGCUAUCGCUUGACAAACACUGGCUAUGACUAUCUGGCCCUGAAGUCUCUGACAUUGCGUGGAUCAGUGAGCUCUUUCGGCAAUCAAAUUGGCAUUGGAAAGGAGUCAAAUAUUUAUGUGGUUGCCGAUGAGGAAGGUACUCCCAUUUGCCUGAAGCUGCAUCGUCUGGGCCGCACUUGCUUCAGGAAUGUGAAAGCCAAACGAGAUUAUCAUGGACGUCGCCACAAGGCCUCCUGGCUGUAUUUGUCGCGCAUUUCGGCUACUCGAGAGUUUGCCUACAUGUCGGCAUUGCACGACCGCGGUUUCCCUGUACCCAAGCCCAUUGAUUUCAAUCGUCACUGCGUUUUGAUGGAUCUGGUCAACGGUUGGCCCAUGACCCAAGUGCACGAGUUGCUGGAUAUUCCACAGGUGUACGAUGACCUAAUGAACCUGAUUGUCCGCUUGGGCAACUCUGGUGUCAUCCAUGGUGACUUUAAUGAGUUUAAUUUGAUGCUCACGGAUGCAGGGAAACCCAUACUGAUUGAUUUUCCCCAGAUGAUGUCCACAGCGCAUGAAAAUGCUGAAUUCUUCUUUGAUCGCGAUGUGAACUGCGUUCGCGAAAUGUUCCGUCGUAAGUUCGCCUACGAGAGCGAGGAUUAUCCCAAGUUCAGUGAUCUGGUGCGUGACGAUGAUCUGGAUGCUGAGGUGCACUGCACUGGCUAUGGCUUCACCAAGGAGAUGGAACAGGAUCUGUUGCAGGAGUAUGGCAUGGUGGAGCAGUCAGAGGACGAGGAUGAUGAAGACAUUGAUCAGGAGGAAGAUGAUGUGCCUGCUUUGGUGCCUGCGGCAGCAUUGGAGAUCGACGAGUGUCGUCGUCAGGUGGAGAAUGAGGUGCAAUAUAGCGAGGCCAAGCCGGCACAGAAAUCGGAUGAUGCCAUUCGUCGAUACAUUGAAUCGUGCACACAAUAUUUGGGCAAUCUGACUGUGGGUCCAGAGAUUGAUGAUCAGGCAUUGCCAGCAAAGCCUGCAGUUUCCGAUGCUGUUCCAGCAGAAGUGACUCCCUCUCAAGAUGUUGUUCCACCUGCUCCUCAGGAUAUUGUUCCACCUGUUGCUCCUGCUCCCAAUGCACCCACAGACGAUGCCAAAUCCAUUAGUUCCAAUGACCUGGAAACAGAUGAAAUGCCCGAGCUGGCCGGCUUGGAUCCCAACUCCCGCAUGUACCGCCUGAAAAUGGUUGAGCAAAUGCUCAACGAUGCGAGAAGUCAGCGCUCGUUUUCCACGACAACCAGCACAAUAGCACCAUCCGUGAUCACCGAUCGCAUACGCCGCAACAUGGACAUCAAGGAGAAGCGAGAUCAGCGCAAGAAAUGCGUGGCCAAGGGCGAGGCCAGUGCCAUUCAUCGCCAUCGCAAGGAAAACAAGGAUGUGGUGAAGGAGUACGCCGGCUGGGACUUUUAAAAUCAGAAAAGGUAUACAAUUUCUGGGAAAGGUACCUUGCACUUUAGUGAUAUAUAAUUUAACAAUAAAAGAAACGCAGAUAACUGCAGAUUUGAAGAUCAAUUUGAGGCGGUUAACACGUGACAAGAACAAACUUACUUUAAUGUAUGUA